AUGUCAUCCAAAACUCUCGUCGACCUGGGAUGUCGUUCCAACUACAUAUGCAGGUCAUGCCUGAUAGCUCUUCCUAAACCAACCCUACCGAAGCCUUCAGCCUCCAGAUGCUAUACCAGACCGGCACGGAACUCUUCGAGAGCUCCGGCUGCACGACCGGUACGCAGAGCCAGGGCACCGAUAGCCCUCGACUCCAGACAAGAAUUGAAAGAGACGACCCCUGCGCGCAAGGAUGGCGAAAAGGAAGACGAUGUCCUCGUCCGCUAUUUCGAGCAGGACCCAUCCGGGAAGCGGCGUGAGAUCGCCAACCAGGCCAAAUUUGAGGAAUCCAUGGAGGGUGAGACCAAGGCCGCCCUCGACGAGAUCAACCAGCUUGAAGAGCUACUCAAAUCUCCGAACGGGCUGAUGGAGAUGGCUAAGCGCAUAGGGCUAGUCUCAGAGGACGGCAAGGUGCUCAACAAGGACUUGAGCGAAGCUCUGGGAAAUGAGGACGGCGAAUAUGCGCACGAAAUCGACGUGGAGGGUCUCAACGUGCGGCAGACUAGGCAGAUAAUGCAGCUCAACUGGAACCUGCAGCGGGCGACCAGAAAGAUGAAGACGCCGGGCAAGGUCAAACAGAAGACCAUAUACGAUGCCUGGAGGCUGUAUUCGCUUGCCCGACCUGUGCUGCAAAACUCGUGGGAGAGAGUGCCGGCUGGGGCGUGGGACCUUCUCUGGGAUCUGCUAUCUUGGGAUGGACCCGAGAACACCAACCGUAUGGGUCGUGUAUAUCAGCUCGGCAAGGAUCUGCGCAGCGCAGGCGUGACUCUGGAUGACGGCCGGCAGCUGUUGCUGAUAGAGGCGGCAUUUGUGGAUGGAAAACAAACAGAAGCUCUCGACGCUUGGAGACGGUUUGUCGCUGUCGACCCUGCGUCGCAGGAGAAAUACCUCGAGCUCGGCGUGCGCAUGUAUUCUAUCAUUGGCGACGUGGACCGCGCACAUCGGGCGCUUGAAAAAUACCUGGCGCUACCGGAGGGCUCGCGGUCCAGCCCGCGCUUCAUACUGCACUUCAUCAGAGCCUGCGUGCGCGACAGCGAUCGACAGGACCUGGCCUGGGACACGUACCGACGACUGCGGGAGAUGCUCGGCAAGGACAUGAAGAUCGAGGAUUACGACGAGGUCAUUGCGGCGCUCCUGGUGGCCAAGCAGACCGAGACGGCGUUCCACGUCUUUGUCGACAUGAUGUUUUCGGGGGCCAUAGACGUGCGCGGCAAGACGCGGCUGCCGCUCAAGAUCGCCAAUCAAUUCUUCAUGGGCAAGUGGCUGAAGCGGCUGAUAGGCGCCGGCGACCUGGACGGCGCGUUGAGCGUGCUUAAAUUCAUGCAGACCAAGGGCAUCCUGGCCGCCAAGGUGCAAGUGAACGGGCUGAUUGGCGCCAUGAUGCGAUCCGGCGUCGCCGAGCAUCUCGAAAAGGGCGAGCAGAUCGCAUGGGCGAUGAUCCAGUCCCGCAAGACCUUUGUCGAGCUGCGCCGCCGGGAGGCGCUGGUCGACUGGCCGAUCCGUCUGCUCCAGACGCCACAGAGCAAGGACGAGGUGGCAAAGGGGCUCGGGUUGCACUUUGUUCCGCAGGCCAGCCUCGAGACCUUUUCAAUCAUGGCCGAAAAUUACCGCGAGCGACGGCUGCACGCCAAGCUUGAGAAGUUGUGGGUGGCCUUCCAGUCGUGCGAGAUCACGACCGACGCCUUUAUGCUCAACCAGCUACUCGAGUCGUACAACCAGGAGGGCCAAGGAGAAAAGGCGCGUGAUGUCUACAACCGCUUGACCGAGCAGCAUCUCCUACAGCCGGAUGCGUACACCUUCUUUGCCCUGUACAAAUCCCUCGCCGUCAACCGACUGUUCUGGUCGGCCGUGACGGACGAGAUCCGGCACAACGAGAUCGCCAUCUGCCGGGAUCUGUUCUCGCGCAUGGUCAGCUCCACAUGGACCUUUAGCGCUGAAGGUCCCAACGAGCAGCCGCGGGGCGCCCUGGCACGCAUGAUGCUGCACUCGUUCCGCAAGUGUGGCGACCACACCGGCUUGCUGGUGGCCCUGCGCGCCCUGUGGGAGGUCUAUGGCUACUCGCCGAGCCACAUGAUCUGCCUGGAGCUGCUGGCUGAGACGGCCGACCUGAGCCGCAGCAACAGGAAGCUGGUCGAGGUCAACCAGCGCAUCCAGGCUGCGUUUGACGCCGCGGGAGAGGAGGCUGCGAGCGAGGCCGGCGUGCAGCAGGUCGAGCUGACCCUGGAGCAAAAGGCCGAGGUCCUGCUGGCCCUUUUGCAGGACCACUACUACCAAAAGAUAGACGUGAGCUCGGACGAGGAGUUCAACGAGGAGUACUAUAGGGCUGUGGAGGAGAUGGGGCUGGGUGAUAUCCUUGUUGACCAAGAAGAUGCGCAGUAG